CUCUGACAGAGUUGAGACAGAGAAGCAGCCUAAGUUGUUGUGCGACUUCCUAUAUUCUAACAUCAUUUGUAUGUGGGUACAGGCAGCAGGGUAUGUUUGGACUUCCUUUUUAGGCAGACAACAGAGACUGAAAGUCAUAUUGACUCUCCACCACAUGCUCUGUGGAGGCUUUAUACAACUUGGGCUGGUGUUCAUCACAUCAGAGGAUUCUGGAUCAGUUGACAGUUGGAUCAGGUCAAAAACAAGUGUAAAAUCUGCACACUAGAGAAGACAGCCUUGACCAACCUUGACUUCUUAUUUAGUUCUUAUUUCUUUUUAUAUUUCCUUUUGGAGUGCAGUUUUUGAACUUUUGUCAGGUUCAUUUGUUGGCUCAGAUCAGUCAUGGACGGAGGUUCACUGUCCGCAUCAUUAUCGUCGUCUGAGGAGGAGGAAGAUUCUUCACCCUACAGCGCCAGUGCUCUCCUGCAGAACCCAGAGGAACAUGGGGCUACAGAGGAAUCAAGGGCGGAGGAGAUUGUCCCUGCUGGUGAGAGGUUGCUGUCCGGGGAGGACCAGGGGUCUCUGAUCACUGACAGUAUGUCAGUCACGUCAGCUGACCAGGAGAAACUGCUGCUGCUCAACAGGAACACUGAGCUACGACGAGUCAACAAAGAGUUGAUGAAGCUGAAUGAAGACUGGGAUCAUGUGUAUCGCAGCACCACUCUGAGUCUCCAGCAGAGAGUGGAGACUCUGGAGCAGGAGAACAGCACAGUCAAACAACUCAACAACACACUGCUGCUCAAAGUAGACCACGAACAGAACAAGAGGGAGUACUAUGAACACACACUGAUGCAGGAGUUGAAGAAGAACCAGCAGCUACAUGAAUACGUCAGAUUGCUGGAGAAUAGACUACAUCACACAGACACCACCAGAGACUGGACAAUGGGCACACAGACCAGUAUGAGCACUGUGACCCAUCUUCCAGAAACCACCCCAAUCUCUGAUGCUCCUGGGGGGCCAACUAUGUCCCCCAGCCUCAACCAUCGCACCAUACCCGGCCUCUCCUCCUCCUCCUCCUCCUCCUCCAGCCAUGGCCCACCAUCCCACCUCUUCUCCUCCUCCACCCCAGAUCGAGGGGCCCGGAGUGGGGGUAGAAUCAGCAGUGGCCCCUACAGGGCACUAGAGGACCCAGCUGACCCCCAGAAGGAGGUGCAAGAACUAAAGGAGCAGCUGGAGGCCCUCAGAUGCCAGACUGUUAUUUAUGAAGCAGACUACCAGACGGAGCACAAGGACCACAAACACACCCAGCAGGAAAACCAGAGACUGAGGAGGAAGAGAGAGGAGAUGAGACAACAGAUGGCCCUACUGCAGGAGCAGCUCAAGGUGUAUGAGGAUGACUUUAGGAAGGAGCGGUCAGACAAGCAGGUCCUGCAGCGUCUACUGAUGAAGAAAAGUCCAGCUCUGGUCAAACAGCCUGUCCUGGUCCACCGCUGUAAUAAUGAGCAGCAGCCUGCAGGGGGAGACAGAGAGAGGAGGAAGAGAGAGGAGCAGAGAGGUGCUCACCCCAGUACAGCACAACCAGAUAACCACCACCCGCUGUGCCCCAAACACUGUGAGAGGAGGAACACUGAAGAAUCCCCAUGAGGCAGACAACACACAUUGAAAUUGUAUUACGAUUUUGGUAUUGCCGCUAAUGCACAUUGAGGCCUAGCCUACUCCAGAGUGUAAUUGACAACGAAAUGAUUUGUAUCUAUUAUCUUUCUCUGAAUAUGUAUUAACCUUUAUGUUAUUUCCUAAUUCUGCCGAUAAUGUUGCUUAUUGAAGAAGGGACAGAGUGAUUUUCCAGUUGUCUCCGCCUCCCUGCUUAGAUACCAUGGUCAACAUCACCACCUAGUGUUUUUUUUAAUCAUACAUAAUGUCAUGUUUUAUGAUGCAGUUGUUGGCUAAGGACAUCUCCUGUAAAAGCCACAGUGAAUUCAACUAAUGAAAUAUACCCCUUGAUUUCAAAGAACACCGGGAUGUCCUUUAAACACAUGUGAUCAACUUCAGAUGUUGUCAUUUCUUAUAACAA